GGCAUGUAGGUCUCACUGUCUGUCACAGAGUGUGUGAGCACAAGAGAAAGAAGGGGGCUGUGUUUGGUGGGUUUAGUGUCAAAUAUAUAGUUUUAAAUCCCAAAUUCUGUCAAAAUGACUGCUGUUCAUCGUCUCGUGAUUGUACGCCAUGGUGAAAGCUCCUGGAACCAGGAGAACCGUUUUUGUGGCUGGUUCGAUGCCGAUCUCAGUGAGAAGGGUAUGGAGGAAGCCAAGAGGGGUGCUCAGGCCAUCAAAGAUGCCGGCAUGAAGUUUGAUGUUUGCUACACCUCCGUUUUAAAGCGUGCUAUCAAGACUCUGUGGACCAUCAUGGAGGGCACAGACCAGAUGUGGUUGCCCGUAAUACGUACCUGGCGACUGAAUGAACGCCAUUAUGGUGGUCUAACUGGUUUGAACAAGGCAGAGACAGCAGAAAAGCAUGGAGAGGAGCAGGUAAAGGUCUGGCGCAGAUCAUUUGAUAUUCCCCCUCCUACUAUGGAUAAGGACCAUCCAUACCACAAGAUCAUCAGUGAGUCAAGGCGCUACAAGGGUCUGAAAGAGGGUGAGCUUCCCAUCUGUGAGAGCUUGAAGGACACUAUUGCUCGUGCCCUACCUUUCUGGAAUGAAGUUAUUGCACCUGAGAUCAAGGCAGGCAAAAAUGUCAUAAUUGCAGCCCACGGCAACAGUCUCCGUGGUAUCGUCAAGCACUUAGAGGGCAUGUCAGAUGCAGCCAUCAUGGAGCUGAACCUGCCCACUGGCAUUCCCAUUGUCUACGAACUGGACAAGGACCUGAAGCCUGUAAAACCCAUGCAGUUCUUGGGAGAUGAGGAAACAGUUCGUAAAGCUAUGGAGGCUGUGGCCGCCCAGGGAAAGGUCAAAAAGUGAAGAGUUGACACUGAACCAGAGACUGAAGCACAUCUAAUAUGCUUUUCUUUAAAAGGAUAGUUAAUUCUCUCAUCAUUUACUCAUCAUCAUACCAUCUCAGAUGUGUAUGACAUUCUUUCUUCUGCUGAACUCAAACAAAAUUUUUUUGGAAGAAUAUUUUAGAUCUGCAGGUCCAUACAGUGCAAGUAAAUGCACUGUAAAAAAAAGUCCAAAAAUAUAUAAAGGCAGAAUUAAAGUAAUCCAUAAGACUCAAGUGGCUAAAUCCAUAUCUACUGAAGCAAUAUGACAGCUGUGGGUGAAAACAAGAUCAAAAUAUAAGUCAUUUUGUACUAUCAAUCUCCACUUUCACUUUCACAUUCUUUUUUUUUUGUUGUUGAUUCGCAUUCUUCGCGCAUGUAGCCACCUACAGGCCAGGGAGGGGAAUUUAUGGUAAAAAAAAUUAUUGAUCUGUUUCUCACCCAACCCAAUCAUAUUCCUAUUAAAGACAUGGAUUUAACCACUGGAGUCAUUUUAAUUACUUUUUAUGCUGCCUGUAUGUGCAUUCCUUAAAUGUUUUAAAGGGACAGCUCACCAAAUAUUUAAUCACCCUAAUAUUGUUCCAAACCCAUAUGCCUUUUUUUCUUAGUGGAAAACAACAAGAAAUGUUAGGCAGAAAGACAUCCCCUCUGCAUAACCUAUUUAGUCUCUUUCUAUUCCAAACAAGACAGAAAGUCAUACGAAUUUGGAACAAUACAAGUUUGAGUAAAUGACAGAAUUUUUAUUUUUGGGUGAACUAUCCCUUUAUCUUCAUCCCACACACAAACUGCUAUGGCAAAGGGGUGCACCAUUGGAUGCAGGCCCAACAACACUCUUGUUUAAAGACCACAGAAUGAAUGAAUGUACACAUGGCACGGACAUGACUGCAACUUCUCCCCCAAACGUUCUCACAUUACAUCACAAAGCACAGCCCACUCUUGAUCUGUACACCCUCAUAUUGGACUGUCCCACUCAGACAAAGCAAAUAAAAAUGACCACCAUUUUGUGUA